CCGAAUGCUUAAUCGAUUGAUUUGUGUGGAGAGUUGAAUACCCCCUGGAUUCGCGUGCGUUUCUGUCAUUUCCAUGUUUCCGCAUCCCUCAUACCACAUAUAUUGUCUUUAUCUGCCUUGCUUCUUUCUACCUUGCACCCAAAAGCACAAUCAUAUAACGGCUGGCCUCUCCUCCCCCGCAACCCCCCUCCUGAUCUUCUAUCUUUGGCUUGUUGACAAGCCAUAUAAUAAGCUUCCUUUGAAGCUGCGAUUGUGGGCAAUGGUGAAUAUGUCAUGCGUUGCUACCCCUGGGAGAGGGGAGGCGAUAUUUUAUUUCUAAAAUCUCUGUAGUAUUUAACCAUAUCCAACUGAUAGACCAAUUAAUCUGACGAUCGUUCACGUCCACGAAACAAAUUUUUCUUGACCGUAUCUUGCAACUGUUAUGCUUAUCUAUGUUACAAAUU